GCGACUGGCGACCGGCACAGUUGAAUUCAAGCAAGCAAACAGUAAACUUCUCUCGCAACAAGCGAAAACUCAAAGCGUUCUACGCAACUAUAAUCUCAAGUGUGAAUUUAAAUCGUGUGUUAAAUAAAAACUUACGAAGAUGGCUUUAGUACCAUUGUUGUUCUCAAACUGGUGGGAGGACCUGGAGGCUCCUCACCGUCUGCUCGACCAGGACUUCGGAUUGGGAAUGUCCCCGGACCAGCUGAUGCCACCAAGCGUCAUUGAACGUUACUUGGCACCUCGUGUGGCUGAUCGUCGUCGUCAUCCUCUGGCCUACUACCGGCCCUGGGCUGAGCUGCUCCGCAAAGCUGACUCCGGCGCCUCCACCGUAAAAGCCGACAAGGACAAGUUCCAGGUGGUCUUGGACGUCCAGCAGUUCCAGCCAGAGGAAAUCAACGUCAAGGUUGUUGACAAGUGCGUCGUCGUCGAGGCCAAGCACGAGGAGAAGCAGGACGAGCAUGGUUUCAUCUCCAGACAGUUUGUGCGCAAGUACAUGAUCCCGGAGCAGUGUGACAUCGAUCAGGUUAACUCCAGCUUGUCAUCUGACGGAGUACUUACCAUCACAGCUCCUAGAAAAGACAUUCCUAAGGUUGAGGGCGAAAGACCGAUCAAGAUCGAGCACACCGGCAAGCCGGCCAUUCGUGAGUCCUGCGAAAAAGACGCCUGCGCCAAGGAGUGCAAAAAAGACGACAAGAAAGGAAAGAAAUAAAUUUACAGUAUUUACAAA